AUGCAGCUCAAGAGCAUCUCGCUCGUUCUACUGAGCCUUUGCGCGUUUUUGAUAUCCCCAAUUUUCUCUACCCCAAUCAGCGAGACAACAAAAUCUAUACGCGAACAUGAGGAUGUCGAGACUCAUAUUUUCCGUCGGAGUUUGCCUUCAUUCAUCACAGACUGGGACCUCUGGCAGAACUGGGAAAAGGCUGCCAAAGAGAACCCCUCAAAACUCGUGACGAUGCCUUUGGACACUCCAAGUGGAGAAAGAGAAUACCAAUCGGGAUCUGACGGAAUUGAACAGCCAUUUUGGACGUACUGGGUAUCAGAUGAAGAUGAGUGUUAUGUGGUUGAGAAAACCCUCCAGAUAAUGGGAAAACUUGGGAGUGGGGCUUAUGGCGAUGUCUACAAGGGUGUACUAAGCAAUUUUGACGAGGACACAAAUACAUGGAACCAAGAUUGGAAUAUGGCAGUCAAGAGAUCAAAAAAGUUGCCAGCUGAAAUGAUUGCCGGAGCAAAACUAAGACAAUCAGUUUCUAGCGACUACCUCGUUUCAGUGGUGGACUACUUCUAUGUUAAGAAGUAUCGUGAGGCAUUCCUGAUUAUGCCAAAAGCCAGCACGGACUUGAACGCAAUAAUAUCUAAUAAGAGCAUGUCACGAGCAAUCUUAAACGAACUAUUUUAUGAGAUACUGCUCGGUGUACAGACACUUCACACUCCGACCAAAGAUUACCCUAAUGGUAUCAUGCACCGUGAUCUAAAGCCAGGCAAUGUCUUGGUGUUCAAAAACAUUCCUAAAAUCUCCGAUUUUGACUCCAUGACAGCUGAUGCAGCAUCCGAGCGCUGGGAUAUUGGAACACCAGGUUAUGUUGCACCCGAGGUCGUGAGAGCUCAAUCGCCAUAUAGCAAGAAAGUCGAUAUCUUUGCAUUAGGGAUAAGUUAUUUAGACAUGGCCAUGCAUGGUCUCUCGGACGAUACUUUUUAUGAGACUUGGAAAGCUCUUGUAGGCCCUACUGAAAGCAAAACGCUUGGCCUUAUACCAGAUGAUGUUGAAAAGGUUUUGAUUGAGAAGUUUGGGACUGAAUUUGACAGCGAUGAACGAGCGGUCUUAUCGUAUAUUCUUUGCGAGCCAAAUGAGCGGUUCGAUAUUGAUAGUUAUGUAAGAUACUUUGGCGUGUUAAUGGGUAGUUAA